AUGCUCGAGCCACGUCGCCUCAAAGUGCCAGCAUUAACACAGCCAGAUUUCAUUCGCUCACAGCCACAGCGUAUUCGGACGAUUUCAGAAGUCGCCCACACACCACAAAACCAGACACAACUCGUCAUUGAUGCGCUCUCGGUUUCGACUGUUCAUCAGACAACCCCGACAGAAAUUGGAAUAGACGGCGUGAAACCACUUCAGCGUAGCUUACCUCUUCGGGCACCAGGUCGUGGUUCACAGCCGAUACGUCUGACCCGCAAACGGAUACCACGUCCAGAGUGGACAUUGACACCAACUGUUAUUGCGAGUGCUGAAGCCUCCGAACUUCCAUCAGUUUCGGCACCUCAGGACGAACCAACACAAGAUGCCCGGUUCUUCCGCAAAGUCGAUCCGAUAUACCCCGAAUCUGCUCGCCUUUCUCACAAAGAGGGACUCGUUGUGCUUGAAGCAACAAUCGGUACAGAUGGUAUGGCGAGAAACAUCAAAGUUGUCAAGGUGAUUGAGAUAAGUGGGUUAGGGUGUGAAGAAGCGGCAAUUACGGCACUUAAAGCGUCCCGAUUCGUGCCAGCGAAACGGGGUAAAGCAGUUGUUAGUCAGCGUCUCCGUAUUGGUGCAGCAACCGCGAUUGAAUAUGCUAAAGCAGGAGCGAAAGUCGUCUUCGGCGACAUCAAUGAAGAAGACGCUCAAAACACACUCAAUACAAUUGUUGAGACAGGUGGGAUUGCCAAGUUUCAACGUACUGAUGUCACUGUCGAAACCGAAGUAUCGGAUUUGAUGGGAACUGCUGAUACGGAAUACGGUGGGAUUGACAUCUUGGUAACUUCCGCAGGUGUUCUGCGUGGACCGAGUGUCCGCAUCGAUGAUUUUGAAGCCGCAACUUUUGAUUCAGUUAUCGAUGUGAACCUCAAAGGCACUUUUUUCGCUCUCAAACAUGCUGUCCCAAUAAUGAAAAGAGGUGGCGGUGUUAUCCUGUGUAUCGCUUCCGGAGCAGGCGUUCGCGGCGGAAGUUCCUCGAUUGCUUACGCUUCCAGCAAGGGUGGCGUCAAUGGGCUUGUAAUGACGGUAGAAAAUCAGGUUGCGUCAAUGAAUAUCCGUAUGCAUACUAUCUGCCCUGGCGGACUUGCAACCCCACUCAAACUCGGACAGAUCGCAGAAUCGGCGAAGCGGGAUGGACAAGAUCCAGACGUAGCGGUUGCUAAUGCUCGGAAUUCACUCGGUGAUCCAGCAGGUGUUAUUAUCCCAAAAGACUUUGAAAGUUCGGAGGAGUAUUUUAAAGUCGUUCCAGAAAGAUAG